AUGUCAGAUGAAGAGCAUGAAUUUGGGAAUUCAGCACCUCUAGACGACGAAGACCUUUCUUUGCCGAAAGCGACGAUUCAGAAACUUAUUCAAGAAUACUUGCCAAAAGACUUGAGUUGCGCGAAGGAUACACGCGAUUUGCUGAUUGACUGUUGUGUGGAAUUCAUCCACCUGGUAUCUAGUGAGGCAAAUGAGACAUGUGAAAAGGAGUCCAAGAAGACUAUAGCGCCCGAUCACGUUGUCAAAGCGCUUGUGGAUCUCGGCUUUGAGAAAUAUACGCAUGAAGUUCGCGAUGUGCUGAAUGAUCAUCGCCAACACCAGAAAGAGCGCGAGCGAAAAGCCUCGCGAUUCGAACUAAGUGGCUUGACUGAAGAGGAGCUCCAACGACAGCAAGAGGAGCUCUUUGCCGCUAGUAAAGCGCGCUUCGAUGCUGCAAACUAA